UUCCAUCUAUACUAUCCACACCCACAAUGGUUCUCAGAGUACAGCCACGUCCGUUUCUCCGCCCCUUCUCUCUCCCACGACUCGCCGCCACUCGUUUCGCCCACUCUGCCCCGCAAGCACCUACACGCACCUGUCCCUCCUGUUCCCGCCCCGUCCCCCUCCCUCUAUCCCCAUGCCCUUCAUGUUCCUCCAUUCUCCCUCUGCCUUCAAACCUUUCCCACCACUCUAUGCUCUACCUCUCCGCCCCCAUCUCCAGCUCGGGAUCACCAGCCGGUCCAUUCGAUAUCCCACAAGAACUGGCCCAUUUACCCUGCAACGGAUAUACCGUCGAUAAAGCCGAUCUGCGUUCAAAUUGGGUACGCCGCCAACGUGAAUUACAUCCAGACAAGUACAGCACGAGGGGAGACGGCGUGGUAGACCUUGCGAGGGAAUUGAGCGGAAGGGUGAAUGAGGCGUAUGCUGUUUUGGGAGAUGAUUUGAGGAGGGCAGAGUAUAUUUUAUCGGUGAAUGCGCAAGGGACCGAAGAAACAGACAAGAUUGACGAUCCUAUGCUCCUUGCCGAGAUCCUCGAGGCGAGAGAAGAACUCGAAGACGCCCAGACACCUGAAGAAAUCGAUCGGAUACGGCAAGCCAACAAGGAGCACGUGAAAGGGAUAAUUGGGUCCCUCGAACAAGCAUUUUCCGGUACACCUCCAGACCUGGCUGAAGCCAAGCUGUUGGCAGUGCAGUUGAGGUACUGGAUGAAUUUGGAAAAAGCUGCAAAGGAGAAAUCUGUAUAGACACGUUGCAAACUUUGUGCGGCCGCGCAUAGACUUGUGGAGAUAUUCACCUCAAAGAUGUAGCUCUAGUCAUUAUAUAUAUAGACGCAUCAAUAGUGGAAACGGACGAAACAUGUAAUUGAAAAGCAUGACUUUGACAUUCCCC